AUGGACCGUGUGAAGCAGAAACGCGGUGUUCUACGCGCGGCGAUCACGAAGCUCAUCAACGAAAUUGACCUACUGCUGCAGACAACGGCCCCAGCCGCCGACGUGCUGUCCACAAAGCUGGACAUCUUGAAGUCCAAGGAAGAAAUGUUGCAGACUCUAGACCAGAACAUAGAGGAGUCAGUGCCGGAGGAGGCCUUCGAACAGGAAGUCCAAGGCGUUCUCUCUUAUGAGGAGAAGAUAUGCACUGCGAAGUCCCAGAUCACUCAGAAACUGAGAACGUACAACAGACAGCUACCGCGGACAGACUCGUCUCCCUCCAGAGUUCCACACGUACAGCCGACGCAGAACGCUGCCGCCUGUAGGGUGAGACUGCCGAAGAUCGAAAUUUCGAAGUUCAGCGGAGACUUAGCCGAGUGGACGACGUUCUGGGACCAGUUUCAGUCCAGCAUCCACACAAACGAAUCUCUGCACAAAGUCGACAAAUUCAGGUACCUGCAGAGCUAUCUUACGGGCAAGGCUGCAGCAGCUAUCAGUGGACUCUCACUUACGAAUGAAAACUACGACACUGCAAUAGAUCUCUUGAAGCAACGCUUCAAUCAACGACACCUGAUCGUCGAGGAGCAUCUAAACCGCUUACUGCAUCUUCCACCUGUGGUUGACGCAGGGAAGUUCGUACGACUACGUGAGCUAUACGACGAGGUCCAAGUGAGGGUACGAAGUCUACAAGCUCUGGAUGUCGGCACAAAAGAGUAUGGGAUCAUGCUGAUGAGCGUCUUACGCAAGGCUGUGCCAAGAGAGGUCACCCUGGAGUACAAUCGCAAGCACAAAGGAGCUCCUAGCGAAGGUAGGACCGAAGUAGAGGACUUUAUGGACUUCCUGAAAGUCGAAGUGGAAAGCAGAGAGAAAGACACGUUGCUCCCAGACAUGCAGAGGAAUCGCGCUAUGAAUCUUGACGAACCGCACUCCAGAACUGCACCAAGAGAUGGUAGGCGGCUGUUCGAACGACAAACGACAGGUGCACUCACCACAGGAGUGACGCCACAGCAGCUAGAAUGUCUGCUGUGCAAGGCAGCAGACCACGGCAUAGAAAACUGA